CGAAAUACGCGUUCGAGUGAGAAUUAGGGUGCGUUCCUUUGGGCUGGACUGGAUUAGUGGUCCAAGAUCACUCGGAUCAGGGUGCAUGAAACCGUGACUAGAGUGGAUUUAUCGGCCUAUUUGAUGUACCAUGAUCGUCUUGGAUCACUAAUCCAGAUCACCCAAAAGGAACGCACCCUUCCACGCGCACGGUGUAGACACGUAAAAGAGUACAAGCAACAUAGGUAAAAUGCAAAGUAGAGACUGAAAAAGGAAUUUUCACGGAACGGAAGAGCAGGAGUACCUCCACUUCGCAGAACCUAAGAACUCCCGGUUUCUAUCCCGGUCCCCACCUCUUCUCUGGCCAUGGUGGCCUUGAGAGAUGCCCACCGGACGUUCUCGCAGGCCACUACUCUGGGGAGCCUCAACAGGGAAAGCUACUGUAGUCAGACACAUGCAUUCAUGUUCCCCUUCCCUUGAGGCAGUCGUGACGAGCCAGGCCGUCUGAUCAGACUAACGCUUGGGAACUUCUUGGUUGUCACUCAAACUCUCGGUGCUCAAAAUGCCAUUUUAGGCGAGAAAAGGCGUCACUAAUUACUAGUUCACAUAAAAACGCUAACUAUUUUGUUCAGUGUUGACCUAUGAACGAUGCCUCAAUGUAAUCCUCCAUUGUUCUUCCUUGGCUACUAAAGAAUGGAUUUUCUAAGUAAUGAAAGAAAAAAAAAACUCGCUCUGAUGCAGCAGCUAGAAGAGUGUUAGCAAACUAAAACCAGUUGUCAUGUGUCAGUGAACUGUGUAGUAGUGACUGACGCCUGCUGAUGCCUAGAUUUCUCCUGGCAAACUUUCAGUCAGUUUUUGUCACUAUUUUUCCGGUAUAAUGCUCAAUAAUUUCUCUUUUUCACUAUAAUGCUCAAAAUAAUGCCUGUGUAAAGAGUAAAACCUUAAUUGAAGUUGGACAACAAGUCACGGUCUUUCGAUUUCUUUCUUUUGGACCUUGUGCGCGAAUUUUGAUACUGUUCCCGCCAUUAGUUUCCAGUCUUCUUCUUCUCUGUCUGCAACAAAACAAAAUGGCGGGUGGCAAAACGAACAAAAAUCCAUGGGCGACCGCGAGCAGUAAUUUUGUUGUGACUGAUUUUUUCGUAAAAUCAGAAUAAUAAUUAUCAUUUAUUAUAAUUAUCAUUAUCACUCCCGAUGAAGAAAACUCCCAUGUCCAGUCGACCUUCAUCAUUUAGUUCAAGCUCUAGCCAUGUAAACAAAACAAGAAAUGUUACUGCCAGGACAAGGGUUGCAGGAUCCCCAAGUAGUAAUGCAUAUACCACAGAUUUCAAAGGGACGUCAUCUAGAAAUGCAAGUGCUAUCAGGCUGUCAACCUUAGACACACAGACACCUACAGGAGUGAAAGACAGACUGUUACAAAAAUGCCAACAAGAGUUGGAGACUCUGAAAAGAGAAAAUAGUGAACUUAAAGCAGAGCUACUCUUCAUUAGGUCUCUUUAUAAACAGCUUGUGGAGGAGGUGCCAAUGGAGAAAUUUGAUGAAAGAAGAGUGAACUUGCUGAAGUCACAAGUUAUACAACUCGAGAGACAGGUUCUUCUUCAAUCCAGUGCAUUACAAGCCAGAAGGAAUGUUUUCCUGCAAGUUGAAAAUAAACUUUUAAACCUAAAGGAGAUCUUGAGGAGUCUUCAUUCAUCAGACGAUUCCUCAAAUUACAUAACAGUAGCACGUGAAUAUGUGCAGAAUUUGGAAUACAAAGUAGAAGGAGCAAGGCUUGAUUUAUAUAAAAACAAAGAGAUUGCAGAAACUGACGAUCUUUCUCUGCCAGCUGUGUACAUGAGUGAUUUUCUGAAACAGUCCAAAAGUGGUGAAGAUCAAGCCUUGACAUUGUUGGACUGUUGUAGUGGCAAAGUGGACCAUCUUAACUUGAAGCAUGUGUCUAGACUAGAAUCCAAGCUCUGUAAGCUGUACAAGAACAUGGUGUGUCUGAAUGAAAUGCUUCAACACCAACCUUCAGGGAUCUUAACCAGUGAACAUAUAUCACAGCCAAUCAGAGACAGAUUAGCAGGUCAUAUGACAACAGUGACUGACAUGCUGAGAGACUGCAGUGAAGACCUGUUGUCUCUUUCUGUCCUCUACCCUGCUGCACCAUGGGUAAGAUUCAGUUGGAGUCAUUACAUUACUGCUAACAUGACGUCUCACAACUACCUGCCCUUCUUCCCUUUGNGUGUGUUUGUUGUAAUGUGUACUGUGUUUUCUUGCCUCAACAGCGAAGCAUACCAAACAUUUGAAGGAAACUUGAAAGAACUGCUUUGUAAACCCUUGGAAGAAAUUCUCAGUGCUUAUGGAAAACUGAAGGACACAGCUUCUGAACAUGACUUGAGAAAUUUCCUUUCAUCAUUCAAGGAUCAUGCUCCCCAGUUAUCAGAUGCCUUGGAAUUUCUUCAGUCCCAUAAUCAUGAAGAUGAACAAGGAGUAUCUGCCUUAUCAGAGUUCCAUACACACUUUAUUGACUCACUGCACUCAUUGACAAGGGGGUGUGUAGCCAAGCGAGACAUGCUAAUAAAACAGCUACUGGAAGCCAAGGAUGGUGGACUAAGUGGUGAUACCACGACAGCAGACAAUGAAACACUGAACACUUCUGAAUGUGGACAAGAUCUUGACGUCCCACACCAAACAAGUACAUGACACACACUUGCACAGGGACUAGAUUGUUGUCAUCAUUAUCAUCAUCAUCAUUAUUAUUCACUGGCUAAUGUGCU